UUACCUCACCAUAGAUCUAGCUCUCAAGUAUUCUCAACAGAAGCGGCUGUUAUGCUUUGAUUUGAUUUGAUUCAGAGAUGUCUCUGCCUUCAUUUGUUAUGGUUAUCUACUCUUCCUUCCACUUUCUGACCCUCUUUCUGAACAGAACUGCUCCAGGUCCAGUAGUGGGUUGGCCUCCAAUCCGUUCAUUCAGGAAGAACCUUGCAAAUAGCAGCAGCUCUUCAAAGCCACCUCCUCCUCCUCCUGAGCACCAUAGCAAGGUGGUGGUUGGUGGAAAAGGCAUGUUUGUCAAGAUCAACAUGGAUGGUGUUCCCAUUGGUAGAAAAGUUGACCUCAAUGCUUACGAUAGCUAUGAAAAUCUCUCCAAUGCUGUGGACCAACUCUUCAAAGGCCUUCUUGCUGCUCAAAGAGAUUCCUCUGGUGGUGGAGUUAACAAGCUACAAGAGGAAGAGAAAGUGAUAACAGGUUUAUUAGAUGGAAGUGGAGAGUAUACUCUUGUUUAUGAGGAUAAUGAAGGAGACAGGAUGCUUGUUGGGGAUGUGCCAUGGCACAUGUUCGUAUCAACAGUGAAGAGGCUGCGAGUCUUGAAGAGUUCUGAGCUUUCUGCCUUUACCCUUGGUGGUAAGCAAGACAAAGAUGCAACUUGACUACUGGGAAGUUGUUGAAGAAUAAUGAAUGAUCUAAUUUGACGUUUUGGAAUGAAAAGUAGUUGCUUAAUUACAUUACAUCAACUGAGUAAUGUUUAUGAAUGUGUCUAUCUGUUGAUUUCUAUGAAUAUUUGAAAUCGUUCUCUGGAUUGUAUAAAUAGGGAAACAAAAACAAAACUAAACGGAUGUGUAUGUGUACUCAUGAUUUUGUGUUGAGUAACAAUUAACUUCUUUUGCUUUC